ACACCAACGGUUCGUACUCUUUACGCCGGAACAAACCAGUCCGCAAACAACGCACCCGCGAUUGUUAUCGCACAUACCCACACACACACUGAGGUACACGUUCACUCUCGUCUGCCGCGACGUCUCGCACAUAACAUUUACAAUAAAAAUAUACACAUUCACGCACGCGAACGCAACAUAGCUCCGGUCGUUCGGGUUCCAGCAGGAUAACCCAUACGAGUAUCCGGACGCGAUGCGCCUGCAACGGAACGGCAAGAUGAUUCCGAGACCGCGUACAAACAUGUAUUUAAUACUGUUCUCAAUUUUGGGGGUUCAGUUUGCCUUAUCUCAGCAAACUAACCCAAAUGAUUUGGAAGUGGUGCUUAACAUCGAAGACAGCAAUAAAACUCAAUACCAUGAACAAAAUUUCGAUACCAUGGCCUAUAUAUUCGGCUACGAAGUAGGUCCAAAUGGUCAAUUCCAUCACGAAAAUAAAGGUCCAGAUGGCUUCACAUAUGGUUGCUACGGAUAUGUAGACCCAGAAGGAAAAUUACAAGCGACUCAUUAUAUAUCUGAUGGCUGGGGAUACAGAGUUGUCACACCAGGUGAAUCUGUAGAAAUAUUCCAUCAUAAACAUGACCCCGCAGAUGAAAAUCAAGCUAAUGAAAGUUCUGAUGGUGGUUCUGAACAUGAACAUCAUGGACACCAUGGAGUGGUAACAGCAUGGGGUGAUCUUUAUUUCCCAAAGGGAUGUGGAGGAGGACGUCCAAUUCAAGGUACUGGUCAAUUAGGUGGAUCAGGCUCAUCUGGAUACCCAAGCUUUAUUGGAGUUGGUCAACCAGGACCAGCAGGCGCACCUGGUCAACCAGGUACUCCAGGAUUACCGGGAAGUCCAUCUUCAGUUUAUCCAAGUUAUCCAGGUACCCCAGGCUCUCCAGGCUCCCCAGGUUCACCCGGAACUCCAGGCUUACCAGGUAAACCAGGAUCUCCAGGCUUUCCAUCAUAUCAACAACCAUCAUCUUAUCCAAGUGCACCAGGUACCCCAGGCUCUCCAGGCUCCCCAGGUUCACCCGGAACUCCAGGCUUACCAGGUAAACCAGGAUCUCCAGGCUUUCCAUCAUAUCAACAACCAUCACCUUAUCCAAGUGCACCAGGUACCCCAGGCUCUCCAGGCUCCCCAGGUUCACCCGGAACUCCAGGCUUACCAGGUAAACCAGGAUCUCUAGGCUAUCCAUCAUAUCAACAACCGUCACCUUAUCCAAGUGCACCAGGCUCGUCUGGGUUACCGGGAACUCCAGGAACUCCAGGUCAACCAGGUACUCCAGGAUUACCGGGAAGUCCAUCUUCAGUUUAUCCAAGUUAUCCAGGAUCACAAGGAUCUCCAGGUUCUCCCGGUGCUCCGGGUAGCCCAGGACUACCCAGUUUACCAUCUUAUCAAAAACCAACAGUUUAUCCAACAUCCACUUAUCCUGGGAGCUCAGGUUCCCCAGGCUCUCCAGGCUCCCCAGGUUCACCCGGAACUCCAGGCUUACCAGGUAAACCAGGAUCUCUAGGCUAUCCAUCAUAUCAACAACCGUCACCUUAUCCAAGUGCACCAGGCUCGUCUGGUUUACCGGGAACUCCAGGAACUCCAGGAACUCCAGGUCAACCAGGUACUCCAGGAUUACCGGGAAGUCCAUCUUCAGCUUAUCCAAGUUAUCCAGGAUCACAAGGAUCUCCAGGUUCUCCCGGUGCUCCGGGUAGCCCAGGACUACCCAGUUUACCAUCUUAUCAAAAACCAACAGUUUAUCCAACAUCCACUUAUCCUGGGAGCUCAGGUUCCCCAGGCUCUCCAGGCUCUCCAGGUUCACCCGGAACUCCAGGCUUACCAGGUAAACCAGGAUCUCUAGGCUAUCCAUCUUAUCAACAACCAUCACCUUAUCCAAGUGCACCAGGCUCGUCCGGUUUACCAGGAACUCCAGGAACUCCAGGAGCUCCAGGAAUUCCAGGUGCACCAGGAUCACCUUCAUAUAACAUACCAUCUUCAUACCCAAGUGGUCCAGGAACACCAGGGUUACCAGGUUCACCAGGAUCACCAGGCCAACCAGGAGCCCCAGGAUUACCAGGUUCUUCACCAUAUCCAAAACCUUCAUACCCUGUAGCUCCAGGUACACCAGUGUCUCCGGGAUCUCCAGGUUCCCCUGGUCUUCCAGGCCAACCAGGAGCCCCAGGAUUACCAGGUUCUUCACCAUACCCAAAACCUUCAUACCCUGCAGCUCCAGGUACACCAGGGUCUCCAGGAUCUCCAGGUUCCCCUGGUCUUCCAGGAAAACCAGGAUCUUACGUUCCCCAAUCUUCAUACCCAGAAUCUGCUUAUCCAGGUACCCCAGGUCAACCAGGUCAACCAGGAACUCCAGGAUUACCAGGUAAACCAGGAGCAUCAGUUAUACCUAGUAUACCGUCAUAUGAAAAACCACAACCAACUUACCAAAAACCAAAUGUAGGAUACCCCGGAAGUCCAGGCCAACCAGGUACUCCAGGUUUACCAGGAUCACCAGGAUUACCAGGCACAAUUUCAUACCCAAAACCCACACCAACAUCCGCAUAUCCCGUAGGACCAGGUCAAUCAGGAUACCCUGGCUCUCCCGGACUUCCAGGUCAACCAGGAACACCAGGUCUACCUGGGUCUGUAUACCAACCUUCAUAUCAAAAACCAUCUUCUGUUAAUCAAUAUGGAAAUCCAUCUCUAUAUCCAGUAUCUUCUUAUCCUGGAAGUCAAGGAUUACCCGGAACACCAGGAACACCAGGUCAACCCGGUACACCUGGAUCACCAGGCUCAGCUUAUCCAGGUUCUACAUUGAAUCAAACGCCUAAUUAUCAAUCUGUUAAACCAAGUUCUUCAUAUCCAGGAAGUCCAGGUCAACCAGGCACUCCAGGAUUACCAGGUCAACCAGGAACUCCAGGUAUACCAAGCCAGCCUUCUUAUCAAAAACCAAAUCCACCAACAUAUCCUUCUCAACCAUCUUAUUCCGGUUAUCCCGGAAGCUCAGGUCAACCAGGAAAACCAGGUACUCCUGGUACUCCAGGUACACCAGGACUUCCCGCGGGACCGACCUACCAAAAACCUACACCUCCUGCUGGAUAUCCAGGAUCUCCUGGUACACCAGGUCAACCAGGAACCCCUGGCCUCCCAGGUAUUCCAGCUCAAUCAUUUGGUCAAUAUCCUCAACCUUCAGUUGACUAUGGAAAACCUAAUCUAUCAGGAUAUCCCGGUUCUACAGGUCAACCAGGCCUUCCCGGUCAACCAGGCACUCCAGGAACCCCAGGAACUCCAGGUUCUUAUCCCACUUCACCAAAACCCAGCCCAUACCCCAUAAAUCCAGGCAGUGGAAGUGUAUCAGGUCAACCAGGAACCUCAGGUAUACAAAGUCAGCCAUCUUAUCAAAAACCAAAUCCACCAACAUACCCAGUUAAGCCCACAUAUCCUUCUCAACCAUCUUAUUCCGGUUAUCCCGGAAGCUCAGGUCAACCAGGAAAACCAGGUACUCCUGGUACUCCAGGUACACCAGGUACACCAGGACUUCCCGCGGGACCGUCCUACCAAAAACCUACACCUCCUGCUGGAUAUCCAGGAUCGCCUGGUACACCAGGUCAACCAGGAACCCCUGGCCUCCCAGGUAUUCCAGCUCAAUCUUUUGGUCAAUAUCCUCAACCUUCAGUUGACUAUGGAAAACCUAAUCUAUCAGGAUAUCCCGGUUCUACAGGUCAACCAGGCCUUCCCGGUCAACCAGGCACUCCAGGAACCCCAGGAACUCCAGGUUCUUAUCCCACUUCACCAAAACCCAGCCCAUACCCCAUAAAUCCAGGCAGUGGAAGUGUAUCAGGUCAACCAGGAACUCUAGGUAUACCAAGCCAGCCUUCUUAUCAAAAACCAAAUUCACCAACAUAUCCUUCUCAACCAUCUUAUUCCGGUUAUCCCGGAAGCUCAGGUCAACCAGGGAAACCAGGUACUCCUGGUACUCCAGGUACACCAGGACUUCCCGCGGGACCGUCCUACCAAAAACCUACACCUCCUGCUGGAUAUCCAGGAUCUCCUGGUACACCAGGUCAACCAGGAACCCCUGGCCUCCCAGGUAUUCCAGCUCAAUCAUUUGGUCAAUAUCCUCAACCUUCAGUUGACUAUGGAAAACCUAAUCUAUCAGGAUAUCCCGGUUCUACAGGUCAACCAGGCCUUCCCGGUCAACCAGGCACUCCAGGAACCCCAGGAACUCCAGGUUCUUAUCCCACUUCACCAAAACCCAGCCCAUCUCCCAUUAAUCCAGGCAGUGGAAGUAUAUCAGGUUUACCAUCCAAUGGUUAUCCAUCAUCAAUUGGUCAAACCCAAACAGGUUAUCCAAACAAACCUAUUCCUCAACCAUCAUACCCGGGUCAGAGUUAUGUUUAUCCUACCAGCUAUCCUCAAAGACCAAAUGUUCCUGACUAUGGAGCACAGCAACCAAAUGAAUAUCCUGGGUAUUUAAGUUCAGGUUACCCAGUACCCCCUCCACCUAACGCACCACUUCCUAAUUACCCACCACCUAGUUCACCAUCUGGUUACUCUGGGUAUUUCGAAUUGUACCCGGGUCAAAAUCAAAUAUACCCCGGUCAACCAGAUUUUAAUGCAUACCCAGCUGGUGAUCAAUAUCCUUUCAACGGAAACGCUUAUGGUAAUCCUAAACAACAAUUUACUUCCCCAGCAACAGAAAACAAAGGUAAAACACCUCAAAUAACUACUCCUGUUGCUACCCCAACAUAUGGUUAUAAGAGUGAGUCUAGUCAAACUUCUGUGGAGUACCCAGAAAAACCUAGUUUGAUAGAUAUACGCAUUAAUGUGCCAAAUGUACCUGAAUCUAACGAUGGCCAAAAAGCCGUAAUUUUAGGUAAAAAUGAAUUAAUAGGAACAUCGUCAGGAUCAUCUGGAUAUUCCAGUUCACUUACUCCGCAAUACGUAAGCAGUCCUACAAAGGCACCCAAAUUACCAUAUCAAUUUGGUCAAGAAUCAAAUCAGGUAGUCUUAUCAUCAAGCAAACCAGAAACCAGCACUCCAUUUUAUAGUGUAUCCACCAAAACAGCAUCGACACCUGAAAAUACAAAUUUAGUGCAAUCAACUAGUACCAUAUCCUACGAAGAUCAAUUUAGUACUCUUUCACCGGAUUCUUCGACGCCUGUCAAUAUAAUUCCUUAUCCACUACCAAUUGUGCCAAACCCAGGAUCUUGUCCAUGUUAUUUUGUUCCACCAACAAGUAACAAUUCUACCAAUCAAAUACAACAACAACAAACAACAGUUGACUUAAAUAAUCUCCCGGAGGGUGCUGUUAUUGGAUUCGUGCCGGUAGUAUUUUAUCCAUCAUGUGGAGCAGGAAGCGCAGUAUCAAAAGAAGUGCUAUCAUCUAAGUUAAAUCCCGUUUUCCCUUCGGCUUAUCAAGUACCAUAUAAAUGUUCAUAUUGUGAACAAAGUGAAUCACAAACCGCGAAUAUCAGAAGCAGUUUCAAUCAAGUAAUAAAACAAAGUCAAUUAAAUCCAUCUGUUGUAAUUAAAAGUCCAAGUAGGAAGAAUUACCCAAAUGCCCCAAUUUAUGACCAACCAGAAUUUGGAAGAAAGAUAAAAGUUGUAAGAAGGAAAACUAUAGAUUAGUAAUAUUGAAAAUAAUCAAUACACAUUUCAAGACUAAAAAAAUACAAAUUACAAAACAAAUAAAUCGGCAACAGGAUAAAUAUUAUAACAUUUCAAUAUUUUUUUAUAUUUGGACAUACGGCUAUACGAUUACAUCCAUAUUGUACUAAAAACAAUUUACAAUAAUUAUGUCAUAUUAUAAAAUUUAAUGCCACAAAAGCUCAGGUAAUUUUAUUUUUAGUUUAAGUUUAUUUUAUUGAUUGUAAUCCAAAUUAUAAGGAUAUUUUUUUAUUUAAAUUGUUUUUUUUUUUUUUAAUAAACAUUUAAUAAGAUCAAUAUGUACAAUAUAUUGUAAUUAAAUAUUCGAAACUGAAAGUAAUUGUGUGAAUGUAUAAUUUAUUUUAUUUCACAGCAAUUUUAAUUGUACCAUUUUGAUUUAAUGAAAAUGUUGUAUUACGUUUAUUAAUUUAUACUAUCUGUUAAUUAUAACCCGUCCAGAAGUUACCAAACAUUUACUGUCAAUUUAUAGAUACUUUCGUAAGCCUAAAUAAAUCUAUUGUUACGAUAAAACUGUAUAUAUUUAUAAGAUGGUAACUCCUGGAUAGACGUUGAUUGACAAUUUUGAUUUUCUCUUAAUGAAUAUUUGUUUCUAUGUGCCGUACCUAAUUAAUGUCAAUUAAAAAUAAAUAAAAUAUAAAUAAUUUGAAUUGUAAAA